AUGGAAGAAGCAGAAAGAGCUUUAGUCAGGUGUGUCCAAAAAGAGUGUUUUGCUGAUGAGUUGAGAGUUUUAUCUAAGGGCGAAUUUGUAUCAAGACAAUCUAAACUAAGAUGGUUCAAUCCCAAAAUAUUCUCCGAUGGUUUGUUGAGAAUUGGUGGUAGAUUGAGCAAUUCGUCCGAAUCAGAAACUGCAAAACACCCGAUUGUCUUGCCAGCUCGUCACAACUUUACCCGGCUAAUAUUAGAGCACUUCCAUCGUCGAUUAUUACACGCUGGUCCUCAGCUGCUUUUAGCAACGGUUAGAUUGAAAUUUUGGCCCUUGGGUGGCAGGAGCGUGGCUCGUCAGAUUGUACAGCAAUGUCACACCUGUUUCAGGGCUCGUCCCACGCCGAUUCAACAGUUUAUAUCAGAACUACCAGCUUCACGCGUGACGGUUUCGCGGGCAUUCGCUAGAACAGGAGUGGACUAUUUCGGUCCGGUAUACAUUCGCCCGGCCCCCAGACGCCCAGUGGCUAAGGCAUACGUCGCUGUUUUUGUAUGCAUGUCUACUAAAGCAGUGCAUCUCGAGCUGGUAUCAGACCUAUCUACAGAACGGUUCAUACAGGCUUUGCGCAGAUUUGUUGGAAGAAGAGGAAAGUGCUCAGAGAUAUUUUCGGACAACGGUACGAACUUUGUGGGCGCUAGGAACCAAAUGGUUGAAUUGUUUCGUCUGUUGAAGUGUCAGACCCAUCGGGAACGAAUGUUCAAGGAAUGUGGCAGCGAAGGAAUUAGGUGGCAUUUCAAUCCUCCCAGCGCUCCACAUUUUGGCGGUUUGUGGGAGGCAGCGGUGCGUUCCGCAAAAAAGCACAUUCUAAGGGUAAUCGGCGAAACCCCUGUCAGCACAGAAGAUUUCGCGACGCUUCUGGUUCAGGUCGAAGCGUGUUUAAAUUCGCGGCCCAUUACACCACUUUCGAACGAUCCAAAUGAUUUGGAACCGUUGACACCCGGUCAUUUUAUUAUUGGAGAAUCCCUACAGUCCAUGCCAGAUGAAAACUACUUGAAAAUAUCAGAUAACCGGCUUAAUCAAAUUCAGUUGAUGCAGAAAAAUUUGCAAUUAAUUUGGAAACAGUGGCGUAGAGAAUAUCUGUGCCAACUACAAGCCAGAACAAAACGUUGGAAACCUUCAGUGUCGAUUGACCUGGGUCGUUUGGUUAUCAUUAAGGAUGAAAAUGUUUCCCCAUGUCGAUGGAAAAUGGGGAGAAUUGUAGAGCUUCAUCCAGGACAAGAUGGUGUGGUUCGAGUAGUCACAUUAAAAACGGAAUCAGGGCUGAAAAAGCGCCCGGUUGAGAAAUUGUGUUUGUUACCUAUGCCAGAUUCUGAUGAAAAUUCAGGUCAGAAUGCUGAAGUUGAAGUAAGGAAUGAUUGA